AUGGCGGAUGAUGUAAAGAAUGAUGAGAAUAAUAAGAAUGAUGAGAAUAAUGAGAAUAAUGAUAAUGAUGAGAAUGAUGAGAAUAAUGAGAAUAAUGAUAAUAAUGAUAAUGAUGAGAAUAAUGAGAAUAAUGAGAAUGAUGAUAAUGAUGAGAAUGAUGAGAAUGAUGAGAACAAUGAUAAUGAUGAUAAUGAUGAGAAGAAUGAGAAUGAUGAGAAUAAUGAGAACAAUGAUAAUGAUGACAAUGAUAAGAAUGAUGAUAAUGAUGAGAAGAAUGAGAAUGAUGAGAAUAAUGAGAAUGAUGAGAAGAAUGAGAACAAUGAUAAUGAUGAGAAUGAUGAGAAUGAUGAGAAUAAUGAGAAUGAUGAGAACAAUGAGAACAAUGAGAAUGAUAAUAAUGAUGAAAAUAAUGAGAAUGAUGAGAAUGAUGAGAAUAAUGAGAAUAAUGAGAAUGAUGAAAAUAAUGAGAAUGAUGAGAAUGAUGAGAAUAAUGAGAAUAAUGAGAAUGAUGAGAAAAAUGAGAACGAUGAGAAUGGUGAGAAUAAUGAGAAUGAAGAGAAAGAUAAUGUGUGGGAAGAUGACCAUGAAGAUGAGGAAAAGAAAGAUAAUGGUGUCUAUGCAAUGUGUUUGAUGAGUACAUUAUGGCAGCGGGGAAACCUCCCCUCCUACCUCUGUUGUUCAAGGCUGUUGACUUAUAGCACCAGGCGUAUUAUAUUUUCACUUCCUAUACUUGGCAUAACUUGA